GGGCGGGCGCUUUCCGCGCCUCCCCGCUAGUGCCAGCCCCGAUCGUCGUCGACCCUCGAGCCUGAGGCAGCCAAGGGACCUGGGGGGAGGACCAUGGAGCUUGCCUCAGCGGGCGUGCAGCGCCGCGCCUGAGGCUGGGCCGCGCCUCCGGUAGCGCCAUGGAUAGCCGGUGCUAUGGAUGCGCGUCCAAGUUCUCUGUCUUCAAGAAAGAGUGUGGCUGCAAGAACUGCGGACGGUCGUUCUGCUCGGGCUGCCGGAGCUUCACUGCUGUUGUUCCCCGCUGUGGAAACACGCAGCAGAAGGUGUGCAAGCAGUGUCAUGAAAAACUAACUGGAGAGGGAUCUCAAAGCAGUUCAGCAAAAUGGUCACCACCAGAAAACUACAAAAAGCAUGUAGCAGCUUUUGAGGCUAAGCAAAACCAGCUGAAAGAGCAACAGAAAGCGGCUGCAAAACCCCCAGGUCGAGCAGGCUCCAGAUACCAGGGGCUCUCAAAAGAGGAUAGAGCUAUUGCAGAGAGACUGGAGAGGCUCAGGGAGGAAAGGAAACCGAAGUCCAUCCCUACUCAGGCUGAGAUUGAAGCUAGGCUGGCUGCCCUGAAGGAGGAUGGCCGGGGUCCUAUUCCAUCCACAGAGGAGAUGGAGGAUCGGUUGGCUGUCCUGCAGGGGAGAGAUCCUCCUUCCCAGGCUCGCAGACCUGUACACCAGCCUCCUGAUACCAGAAGUCUGGUCCAGCAGACAGAUGACCUGUUAACUCAACUAUCUGAGGAAGUUGCCAUUGAUGAGCAUUACAGACCAAGAGUUCAGCCUCAAGCUGUUAGUAGCCAAAGUUUGAAUGAUCUCAAUCGAGAAAGUGAAGAUUGUGUUUGCCCUGCAAAUCUGGACCCAAAACAGCUAGAGGAAGAGAAGAACAAACUUCUGGCAGAAGCUGCUGCUGAGCUGCAGGAAGAGAAUACUAGGCAGGAGAAGAUCUUACAGGUUGCCAAGAGACUGGCAGCACUCAAAGGCGAGGACCCAGAGAAAGUUACACUGGAAAACUAUAAACUUCCUGACAGUGAUGAGGAAGUGGCUGAGGAGGAAGCCAUUCGCAGAGUGCUAAAACAGCUCACAGAGGAAGCAGCCCUGGAUGAAGCAAGUGGAUUCAACAUUCCUCCAGAUCAGACCACCCAACCAGGACCCUCACAACAGAACCUGUGUAAGAAAGCAAAGCAAAAGGGCCAGACUCCAACCACCACAGCUCUUGCCAGGGCAGAUAGUGAUGAGGAUGAGUUACCCUGGUGCUGUAUCUGCAACGAAGAUGCCACUUUGCGCUGCCAUGGCUGUGAUGGGGACCUCUACUGCCAGCGCUGUUUUCGGGAAGGCCAUGAUGAGUUUGACCUGAUGGACCACCACACCUCCCGCUAUCAUCUUCCUUGCAAGCAGAAGUGAUCACAUUCUUCAUAAGCAGUAAAGAAGGUGGAGAAUGGGAAAACAGAGGAGCCGGCCAGAUGGGAGGAAGAGUCCAAGUGGAUUUGCAGCCAAAACGGGUGAUGUUUUGGACAGUUAAAGGAUGUGCUGCAAUCUGAGAGAGGUUUGGAGGGCAUAUGACUUUGUCCUCACAAAUACUCCAGAGAAGUGCAUGGUUUGCUGUGUAUGCUUGGGAAUAAAUGAGGAGGUGGAUACGAGUCCAUAAAUACAGACGGUAAGGCAAUGUGGGUUGCAGUAAAGAUGAGUGUUUAAGACAGUACUGACUGGCUGAUAAGUAACUUCCUGCUUUUGCUAACAGCUUACACACUGGUUCAACAGGCAGCAAAGCACUUUGACUGAGAAGACUGUCUACUUUGUGAUCACGUGUGUGAUGAGAACUUUCAAAGUGUAAUAAAAAUUAUUUACAGAGGCCUGUGGUUAAAGUCUCUCCUGGAAACGCCUGAUAGCCCUUUACAAAUUGUUGCCUUCUUAUAAUGGUAUGUUAGUCCUUGUGCCAAGUGGCUUAGGGAAAGAAAUGAAGAAUCAUGAAGUCAUCAAAAAUGUUUCUGUGGUGUGUUUGGAAAAGGUGCAGGGGCUACUCUGCCUUGAUGGGCAGUGUUGCUCAGUUGAAGGAUCCUUUGUAAAGGAUACGCUGAUACACAGUGUUGUGAUCUGCAUUGGCUGUGCCAAGGUCAUGUGGUCUGUAAGAGCAACCUAUCAGUCUGGAAGAGGUGUACAUUAGUCUGAAAGCAGGAUUUAGCUUUGUUAAUUAUUUGUUCCCCUGCUAGAAUAAUUAUGUUACCUGGGUGAUGCUCUUUCUCUGGCUAUGAGAGAAGCUCAGUUGCAUAUGUUCAUAUCCCUCCCUGGAGACAAUCCAGAUGCAAGUGGCACUUGCCAAUGUCCAGAGCACCCAGAAUUGCUUCAGAUACCCAAUUAAACUUGCUGUAAACAUGCUUUAUUAUUCCAUCAGGAUGAGCCCUUUCCAGAGUAAUGUGAACUUCUGAGAGAGCUCUCUAAGGCUGACAAAUUCCAAUGGCAACAAAAUAAAGGAUUUGCCUUUGACAGGGAAUUUCCAAUGAAUCUUGCCUGUCUGGUUUGACACUGCCACUCCCAGCUGUCUGCCCUGCCCCUCUGCUUAAGGUCACUUAAGUUCACCUCCAAGGUGAACUUACAAAAUAGUGUUUGCUUGCACCUCUGUCACCCCUGGUCAGAGCACAGCAAAUUAAUUAAGCUGCUGUUGAAGCUGGGUUUGUGCUAAAGUGCUGCACUAGCUCAGGCCCUUCAACAGAAACCUGAUUCAGACAAUGUAGAAUAGUGAUACUGCAGGGUAACACACUAAAAAUUGCAAGUGUAUGCAGCAGUGCCAUCAAAACCUUUUGUUAGGAAGGGGUGGCAAAGCCUCGCUUCUGUGGAGGAUCUUCUUUCUCCUGGCAGUCCUUGCUUCACCAGUGCCUGUCUCUUUGGGACAGGUAGAUGGGAAAACUAUUUGAGUUGUUCUGAUGUAAGAGCUCACAAUGAGCCCUGCGUUACACAAAAUUUAGAUAAGUUACAGCCCUGAGAAGCUUGCAGUCUUAAAAAAAAACCAAAAUGCUCUUCUGGAUCUGUGUCACUAUAGGAAUGACAGUUUUUCAUUGCUAUUUGACAUGGAUAAUUAGUCUGGUAGUAAGACAGUCCAGUUCUGUCUUAGGUUAAAUCCUUUGUGUUUUGUAUAUACAAGGGAAGGUGCAAAUAUCUGUUCUUAUAUCUCUCUUAAGACUGAUCCAUUCCUUUGGGCUUCAGCCUCUUGAUUUACAGCUGCUUCUAUUUUUUUAAAAAACUUAGUAUGAGCUGGAGUGCUACUUGCAACAUUUUGGAUGCUUCAUCAGCCACAACCAAACUUUGAGCUCCUGUGCAGUUAGGCAGCCUGUGUCUUGUAAGCCCUGCCCUGUUCACAUCAGUAGUAAUGGAGCAGGUUACAGCCGGAAGCAGUUUAAUUAGAUUCCAGAUUGGUUUCUCUGGGGCCAUCCCAAGGAAUUCAGAAAUGCACCCAACCCAAUGCCUGAAAUAGAACUUAGUCACACAUGGAGGAGUCUCUUUGGUCAUACACAUGCUGCUGCUUUCCUUGCAGCACUAAUGGACAUUUUUGUGGCUGCUGCACUUUCUGCAUGUAAUUGGCUGUUUUAGUAGCAGCUCAGUCACUUUCCUCUGAAAAGCCUUCCCCACUCUAGCUGUUGCCUCAGUGACCUCCACGGAGGAGGGGUAAAAGGCUAUCCAGAUAGCUGUCUGCAGGAAGCACACCUAGCUGAAUCUGUUGUGUAAGAUGAAUGCUGCAUGACCUUUAAGUGGGCAGUGCACUUUUGGCUGUGUUGCUUACUCCUCAUCCUUGUCUUUGAAAAGAUACUGGUAAACAAUCAGUUCCUGAUAGGCCAGGUCAGCUUCAAUUAUAGCCAUUCAAGGACUGAAGACAGCUUGGCAUCUUCCAGAAAGAGAUUCACCUUCUUUGCUUCUAUCUUUGUAGCAUGUCAUAAAGGAUGAGAUUUUCUUUCCCACUCAAAAUGUUUUUUAUGUAGGCUUCACCCCAACAAGAAUUGAAAUUAGAAAAGCACAUGAACUUUCAUACAUUCUGAGUUAUCUUGGUGUAAUCAAGAAGGCAAAGUUCCUUUAAAGCAACAUUCUUGCACAGUAUGUACAUACUAAACAUUGCAGCCUUAUGCUAGUGGUGGUGCUGAGAAACAGCAAAGUUAACUGGAAGAUAUUUGUAAAAAAAAUUUAAAAUGCUGAUUUUAGUCCAUACUUGUGGUCUAGGGUGAGAACAGCCAAUGUGUAAAUAAAAGCAAGUAUGAGUUACUACUGUUUAAGAACUAAACAAAAACCAAGUUGCUCUAAUUGCCUUGUGUUGCUUUUUCUUUUGCACCAGUGAGCUGAGAAAUCAUCUGCCCCUGGCCACAUGUUGCCUUGUUCCCAGUGAACACUGUGCUCAUUUGAAGUUCUCUCAUGCAGUGCUGGUGUCCUUAUGGAUCGGACCCAACUGCACAUCAUAGGGGCUGCAGCUUACUCCUUUCCUACUUGCAGACGGACAGAACAAAAGAAGUCUCGACGAGCUCCUGAGAAUUGUAUUCAGUGCUCCUUGGCCAGCAUGGAAAUUCCUAGAAGAAACUAAAGGAAGGACACCUUGUCCUGUUUCCCAGGCUAACAUGCUCUUUAAGAAUCAAGAAGAUGUACACUCUAGCUGCCUGCUAUGUGUGUAGAUCUGGAAGCAGUGGAGACUUCAAACCACUGGUACAAAGUUCACAAACUUGGUGAUGUUUCUCAGUAAUAAGUCCUAAACAUAUUCAGAAGUGCUGUUGCUGAUCCUGUUUUUUGUAGAGAAGACACACGUUUCCUUGUGACCAAAGCUGGGUGUUCCAUGUGAGCAAGGUCAUUUCUUCUGAGGAUUGGUGACUCUCCGGAGACCUUUCAAUCGACUAAGCAAUUCCGUAAUGAAGUCCUACAGUAAGAAUUGGUUAAAGAAGGAUGUCAUAUUAAUUCCAGUGCUCACCAGCCCAAAAAGUACUAUGGCACUUGCAUCAUUCCCACAUUUGCCUUUAUGUUGAGCAGAAACCAGAAUUUUGACAUACUUUGAGCAAACCUAUUUUUUAGCUUAGGAAAGGAGACCUUUUGAUGGAUCAAAAGGAUCUUAAAAGCUCCUCUACUUCCCUUCCCCUGUUUCCCUCUGGAACAGCCAUGUUUAUUUUCUCCCUAGGAGCUAGCCUGCCCCUCUUCAUCCCAGAUACCUGCUUUUUCUACCUUGAGAUGACCUCAGGAUGCUGUUGUCCUCUGUUAGGUUCCACUGCUUCCUGUUGCCACCAUAACCUCCUGCCCACUUCUUCUGCCUUUCCAAUCUAGGGCAAAGCAAGCUGUUCCUCUUGUUGAACCUGUAAAGCUCCAUGUUGUGGAUUGCAAACCAUCUUGGAGCUGUGCCAGCUCUACAAGGAAGUGGCUGGCAGAGAAGAGGUGGAGCAAAACACAUGUAGGACUAAUGAUAACGUUGAGCAGGGGUUGAGGGGAGGCAGAGCAGAUAGAUGAGCAGUUAAUGGAGAUAAACCCUGAAUACUUUGCUGACACAGCCAAGGACUAUGAACUAAACUGGACCAACUGGUUAUUCCAAGCAGAGGGCAAUGUGCAAACUUUACUCUCUGCAUGACAAGUAACAUCACCAUAAAGAAGUGUGCAGCCUUUCUUCACCCAAAGACAUAGCUACAUGUCCUUGUAAUUAGGCAAGGUCACUGGAACUAUUGCAGCUUAUUAGCAUUUGUGCUGUGUGGAAGCCCAGCUUCCUCACUUCAGUAUCAGACGUUGCCACAACUUGCUCUGGAAGUAAAUGCCUAGGAUCAUUCAUUCCUUUUCAGUUAGUCCUUUCAGAGGAAACCACUUUGUUUCUUGUCUGCCUUCUGGAAUUAGGUUGCUGAGAUCUUUCAAGAGGAUUCAAGAUCACCAGGGUAAAAGUACAUGGGUUUGCCAAUGGGGUAGCAGUAUCUGUAUUCAGCAGGUACCCUGCUGCCCACAAGACACCUUUGUGGCUUAUGAGUCAGUAGAGCAAACUCUUCAAUUAUCACUCAGGGAAUGUGGGAUUCUUGCCUCAGAUCUGAAAUUCACACACUCUGAAAACUAUUUCUGUAUUGCCAGCUUUGUUGAACCCCUGCUAGGAGACUAUCUGUAAUGAUUGCUACAGCCCAGUUUAAUUUCAGUGAUAGUCAUGCAUUCAUCUCAUUUUCUAUAUAUUCAUCACUGUACAGCUACAUAGGCUCGACAGGAUGUGGAGUCUGAGGAACGAUGUCUGAGCACAAUGUUCACAUGCAAUGCAUGUGGCUGAAGCAGUGAUGGGGGACCCCAUUUUGCACAGGUAUUCAAUGCAGCAGGCAAUUCCUCUGUGAUGCAUGCACUACACUGCAUACAUCACUACACAGGCUCCACUCCUCUGGACAUUGUGGCUGCUUGUGGGACUUUUUAACUCUCUAACUCAAGAUCAAUACUUGUAAAGUUCACAUGGGGAAAAGAAACCCACAUGUAUAACUAACUUACAUGGCAGUUAUCUGCCCAAUCCAACAUGAAGACCAUCUUACAUUCUUGUCAUUCAUAACCAUAGAGUGGUUAAAGCUAAGAAUGCAUUUAGUUGGCAGUGUGCAAUGUUGUUACGUGAACUGUGUUGCUAUCUAUGGCUUUUCUACACUGAGGACCAAAUAGCAACUCAGCCUAGUCAUUCCAAAAUUCCAAAACAUGGAAUGAAUGAACUUUCUUUGGUUGUAAAGCAUAAUUCCUUAUUUCCUCCAGUGCUCUGCCUUCAGCUCACCCAUGUAGAUUUACAUGUAAUUUUGUAACACAGCAGAAUAAAGUGGCAAACACCUCCCAUUAGGAUUAAAUGAAUCUACAGUACAGUAAUAUCUUGGCUAUUCAGCCAAGCAGCAACAAAGACACAUUGUAGCAGCACAGUAUAAUAUAUAACUAACAUACAUACAUGUGUAUGGUGCUUCACUCACCUCUGUAGGGCUGGAGCACUCAUGGAGGAUUUCCUAAAAAAACAAGGAGUCACCAUUUUAGUAUUUUUGAGUUGAUCUAAUCAUCUCCUCUCUACAAAAAAUGUAUAUAAUCUUACUACCUCUGACAAGUGAAAACACAGGGAAGCAUCAUACAACACUGGAAACACAUAUUCUCUACCCCCCACACCACUACUCUAAGAAGUCCCUAAUCUAAAGUCACCAAGUCUCUCUAUCUGACCUGUAGUUUUAAUUUCUGUUCUUCAUUAGGGACCUCCAGGAGAUCUUCAAGAUCAAUUUGUGGUUCAGGAGCUGCUGUCUCUGUUUCUUCCCUUAGCUAAAAAGAAAAAAACCCACCACAGUUAAUAAACCUUCCAACAUCUAAGAAAUCUAGAGUCCAUCUUUAAAGAACUGAGCAGCUGAGUUACAAACUGUGCUGCAAAAUUGAAGUCAUGAUAUAAAUCAUCUCAAAAUAAGGAGGUUCUUAUAAAGAGGGCACAGAUUCCAGCCCUUUUGCGUAGUCUGCUAGAACCACACCUCCUGAUGUACAUAUUCUUCAUCUUUUCCCACCACUGCACUGCUCAGGGAUCAUAAUCCAUCAUGGAAAGACCCUUUCAAGAGUAUCCAACAGCAGUGCAAUUUAAGACAGCCUGUGACACCCCUCAUCUAUGAAGAGUUCACCAAACAAAUCCAGCAGGCUUAGUGUUUGAGAGGCACAAAUAAUACAGGAAGAUUUUAGGCUUUUAUGCUAAUUACAUUCAUAUACUUUGUAUUUAUACUAAGGCUUUUUGCAGCAAUGGAGAGAAAAACAAUUAUGCUGUUGAAAGACCUAACAGUAUUUUGCCAGCUUUCUCUAACAGACAUGAGUGGGACAUAAUAGUCUUCUUUAAUGUAAGAGGGACCCCAAGUUUUGGUGACUGGAGUAAUAAUCUUGUACUACAUCGGGGUGUUAGUUGGAACAUUUGUAAAACUUGAUCCCAGACACAUUAAAGCUUCAAAAGUCUCUACAAGUCUUUAA